AUGUCAGGUUGGGGCGCUCCCACUCCGGCCACCAACGACGCCCCUGUUGGUGGCCAGGGUGAUGACACUUGGAGAACUUCCGACAUGGCUGCUGCCCUGCCUGAUGCCCAGGGCGGCGCCAAUGAGAAAACCUCUGAUGGUGUGAAGAUUGGUGAUGGUGGCAAUGAGAACUCUGGCUGGGCUGAGCGCCGUGCCUACGACUAUGACAAUCUCGGUCGUCCCGGCGACGGUGACUGGGAUGGAAACGCUCGUAUCUACGAGUGGGAUGGUGAGGAAGGCGAGAUUGGUCCCGAGCACCCGGAGUUGGAGCUCAUGCUCUUUGGACCCUCUGAUCGUCGUGAGCCGACUCAGGGCAUUGACUUCUCCAAGAUUGCUGAGAUUCAGCUGUAUCAAGAGGGCCCUGAGCGUGUCGAGCCUAUCUACAAGUUCGAUGAUGCUGGCCUCCAUCCUGCCAUGCGCAAGAACGUUGAUUUGGCUGGCUACAAGGCGCCGACUCCUAUUCAGAAGUACUGCAUUCCUGCGAUUACUCUGGGUUACGAUGUCAUCGCAAUCGCUCAAACCGGAUCUGGCAAGACAGCCGCAUAUCUCAUCCCCAUCCUGAACAAGUUGAUGGGAAAGGCGAGAAAGCUCGCAGCUCCACGUCCAAACCCUGCCACCUUCGUGAGCGGCAUUGACUUUGCUCGUGCCGAACCCCUGGUUGUCAUUGUUGCCCCGACUCGUGAGCUUGCGGUCCAGAUCUUCUCUGAGGCGCGCAAAUUCUGUUACCGCUCCAUGCUUCGUCCUGCCGUCCUCUACGGUGGCAUUUCGGUUCGUGAGCAGAUCAAGAUGCUCGAGAAGGGUUGUGAUAUUCUGGUUGCUACUCCUGGACGCCUGAUCGACUUUAUGAAUCGUCCGGCCAACUUGACUCUCCGUCGUCUUCGUUACAUGGUCAUUGAUGAGGCUGAUGAGAUGUUGCAUUCUGAUUGGGAGGAAGAUCUUCAGAAGAUCCUUGGUGGAGGAGAGCAAGAGGAGGGCAAUGUGAAAUACAUGCUAUUUUCCGCUACCUUCCCCAAGAAGAUCCGUGAUCUCGCAAAGACGCAUCUUGCUGAGACUCAUGUCCGCUUCCGCGUCGGCCGUGCUGGCAGUACACAUGAGAACAUCAAGCAGCAGAUUGUGUUUACUGAUCCAGCCAUGAAGAAGCAGGCGCUAUUCGAUCUUCUGAGCUCUAUGCCCCCUGCCCGCACGAUCAUCUUUGUGAAUUAUAAGCCCAUGGUGGACGAGUUGGAUGAUUUCUUAUUCAACAAGGGCUUGCCGUGCACUGGCAUCCACUCCGAUCGUACUCAGCGAGAGCGUGAGGACUCCCUGCGUGCCUUCCGCGCUGGCAAGGCUCCAAUCUUGAUAGCCACCGGUGUUUCUUCCAGGGGAAUAGAUGUGAGAAACGUCAUGCACGUCGUCAACUACGACCUUCCUUCAUUGGAUCACGGCGGCAUUGAGGAGUACACCCAUCGCAUCGGUCGCACCGGUCGCAUCGGACAUCGUGGUCUUGCCACGUCUUUCUAUACUGAUAGAGACGAGCCCAUGGCGAGCGUUCUCACACGCACCCUUCUCGAGACAAAGCAGGAAAUUCCUGAGUUCCUGCAGUCUUAUGUUCCUGAGGGAGAGGCUCGCGAGAAGCUCAAGUUUGAGGCGGACUCUGACUGGGAGGACGAGAUGGGCGGAGGUGAUGCCUGGGGUGAGGCAGCAGCUGCUGGCGGUGCUGGUGAUGCUGGCGAUGCUUGGGGCGGUGGCGGUGACAACGCUGGCGAUGCUUGGGGUGCAUCUGGUGAUGCAUCUAAAGAUACUACCGGUGGUGGUGAUGCUGGUUCCAAAGCUUCUGGUGCUUGGGGCGGUGAUUCUGCACCCAACGGUGGUCAGCCUUCUUCUGGUGCCUGGGGCGGUCACGGUGGUGACUCCAAGGAGUCCAAGCCCGAGAAAGACGCUUGGGGUAAUGCAGCUGUGGGCUGGUGA